GUGGCCUCGGCUCCGCCGCGGCCCAUCGAGCCGGCGCAGUGGCACCUCGUCGACUGCGCCGAGGGCGUGAGCGUCGGGCGGCUCGCGGCGCGCAUCGCGCCCGUGCUGCGCGGCAAGCACAAGCCCCAGUUCGAGGCGCACCGCCACGAGCACGGCGACUUCGUCGUCGUCGUCAACGCCGACAAGCUCGUCUUCACGGGCAAGAAGUGGGCGCAGAAGCUCUACCGGCACCACACGGGCUACCCCGGCGGCCUCAAGGAGCGCACGGCGAAGGAGAUGCAGCGGCGCAAGCCCGGCGAGGUCCUGCGGCGCGCCGUGCUCGGCAUGCUCCCGAAGAACAAGCUGCGCCAAACGUUCGCGACGCGGCUCAAGAUCUACGCGGGCAAGGACCACCCG